UUCUCAAUUCGCAGUAGACUAAAACUUGUUUCCUAAAUGAAGAGUUCCCAAAACAAUGUCAAGACGUGUUUUAGCAAGGAUUUCUACGAAAGAUCUCUCAUUUCACAGCUGUAAUUGUGGAAGAGUUAGAAGGAAUGGGUGCCUUCUAAAUGAAAUUCAUUGUAUGAAGAAUGUUCCUAAAAGAACUUUAAUGGAUGUUCAUGAUGCUCCAAGUAAAUUUAAGAAUGCACCAAGAACAAAACCAUUAGUCAGACCAGCUAGUAUAUCAUUAAAUAUUUUUUUAUCAACAAUUCCGUUUUGGACUAUAGGCAUUGCCUACUGGCAGUAUCAGCGGAAAAGGGAAAUUGCGGAACUGAGAGGCAGAAUAGAAACACAAACUUCAAAACAUCCUAGUCCUGUAUCAAAGUUACUUGAUGAACCAGAUCAAAGAAAGUCAGAAUUUACAUAUGUAGAAUUGGAGGGAGAGUUUGAUAAUGAUCGUGAGGUAUAUAUAGGAUACAGAGCCAAUGUCAAACCAGAAUUAACACCAGAUGGAAGUAAAUGGCAGAAAGGGGUUCUCGUUGUCACACCUUUCAAGCUUAAGGAUACUGGAGAUGUUGUACUGGUGAAUCGUGGCUGGGUACCAUUGCAGUGGACUAGUCCCACAAAAACAACAGCUAAGCAGGCCACUGGUGUGGUUAAGAUCACCGGUCUGAGCAGGGCAUCAGAGAGGAAAAAUCCCUUUGAUUUCCGACCAACUCAGGACUCUUUAAAUAAGAAGUUUUUUAGCCAUUUAGAUGUGGACACCAUUGCUCACUUUCUGAAAACUAAGCCUGUAUUUGUAGAUGCUGAUCUAGAGAGUUCAAUUCCUGGUGGACCUAUUGGAGGACAAACAAAAAUAAUGCAUUACAACUCCAUCCGAGAUCUUAGUUUAAGCUUUUUGAUGAUAACAGCAGUAUUUGGACUGUUCUGGUUCACACAGAUCCAUCCACAGAGAGCAGCACAAAAAUAUGUCAAAUUGUAUUAUGCCAAUAAGCAACAUAUUGUGACAAAUAUUAAAUAAUUUUCUAAACUUUAUAAA